GCCUGACAUCCAAAAAUUUAUCCGCAAUAUUCAUACUUAAAUCCAACAAAUACCGUCAAACAUUUAACAAAAUGGAACGUGCUGUGCUGUGUUUCAUUUCAAUUUUCAGCAUCCAUCUAUGUCGCUUGUCGCAUGGCGGUGGCAGUGAGGGAGCUCAAUUGGUGGAGGGGAAGGUCACUCAGUUCAGUAAAAGGACAAGCGAGAAAUCCCAAAAAGGUACAGAAGAAAAGUCGAGCCGUCGGAGAUUCUCCUCGGAAGUAGCGAAGCUGCGAAGGGAAGCAACUUUUCCCACCACCGUCUCCGCUACACCAAACAAAGCGAGCAGCUAGAAUCCACCGCCGCCCCGGCGCCGCCGCCUGCCGAAGGAUGCGGAUCGUCGAUUCAGCCGCCAUCAUCGUCGCUGUCCGACUCUCCUAUGGUCGCUCGUUAGUUACCAAUCCAUCCCUCCAUUGUUGAGAGAAUAAUAACAAACAGGGAAGUAGGUCAAACAUCGAAAAACACCUGCAGCAGGGAUUGGAUUGGAGGGGAAAUAAGGAUUUUCAAUGGGGUGCUUUCACUCCAAAACCUUCCAUCUGUUGUCUCCCGAUAGCAAGCAGCAGGAACCGCUCCCACUUCCAGAAGACCCGAAGCAACUCGCUACUAAUCCCGAUCCGUCCAUCCCCGGCGAUCAACUUGACAUCCCAGUAUUCCGCGAGUUCCCUCUCAACGAGCUUCGUGCUGCCGCCAAUGGGUUCAGCUCCGAAUUCAUUGUCUCUGAGAGCGGUGAAAAGGCUCCCAAUGUUGUGUACCGAGGCAAGCUGAAAGACAAUCGCCUUGUUGCAAUCAAGCGCUUCUCCAACCUUUCCUGGCCAGAUCCCCAGCAGUUCCUGAGUGAAGCUUCUAUGGUUGGGAAAGUGCGGCAUAAGAGACUGGUUAACUUAAUCGGGUGUUGUGCUGAGGGUGAUGAACGUUUGCUCGUUGCUGAGUACAUGCCUAAUGAUACCCUUUCCAAGCAUCUCUUCCAUUGGGAAAAACAGCCAUUGCCCUGGGAAAUGCGUGUCAGAAUUGCCUACUACAUUGCUCAAGUGCUAGAUCAUUGUGACACUCAGGACCGCAAAAUCUACCACGAUUUGAAUGCCUAUAGAGUUCUUUUUGAUGAGGAAGGUGAUCCUCGGUUGUCUAGUUUUGGCCUCAUGAAAAAUAGCAGAGAUGGGAAGAGUUACAGCACAAACUUGGCUUAUACCCCGCCUGAAUUUUUGAGGACAGGUAGGGUCAUCCCUGAAAGCGUAAUAUACAGCUUCGGAACUGUUCUGCUGGACCUUUUGAGUGGGAAACAUAUCCCUCCAAGCCAUGCACUGGAUUUAAUCAGGGGGGAAAAUUUGCUGUUGUUGAUGGAUUCAUCCUUGGAGGGACAGUAUGCAAAUGAAGAUGCAGCUGUGUUGGUUGAACUGGCCUCUAAGUGUUUACAGUAUGAGGCUAAGGAUCGGCCUGUUGUCAAGUAUCUUCUUACUGCAGUAGAACCACUCCAGAAGCAGAAAGAGGUUCAGAGCGUCUUAAGCUUGCCUGCUCAUACGCUGAUGGGACUAUCAAAAACUCCGGUGCCACUUCCAAUUUUGCUUUCACCACUGGGGAAGGCUUGUGUAAGGAUGGAUCUCUCAGCAGUGCACGAGGUCUUGCUUAAAACAGGAUAUAGAGAUGAAGAAGGAGCGGAAAAGCUGUCGUUUCAAGAAUGGACCCAGCAAGUGCAAGACAUUCUGAACACAAAGAAGUUUGGUGAUAUUGCUUUCAGAGACAAGGAUUUUAAUAAUGCUAUCGAUAACUACACAAAGCUGGUGUCGUUGAUGUCGGUUCCUUCAGGAACCGUGUUUGUGAGGCGAGCAUUGUCCUACUUAAUGGUAGAACAAGCAGAACUCGCGCUGAGAGAUGCAAUGCAGGCACAAGUCUGCUUGCCCGAGUGGCCAACAGCGUUCUACAUGCAAGCGCUCGCGCUGUCAAAGCUCGGCAUGGAGAGUGACGCUCAGGACAUGCUGAAUGACGGAGCCAACUUUGAAGCAAAGAAGCAAAAUAGCUGGCGCCAUCCGAGUUAAGAUCAUGGUUUCGCUGAUCGCAACUAGAUGUCUCUGCGCAAUGUAGGUGGCGGAAGAGAUAGAAGCAUGAUCAAGGUCUAUUUCCACAUGCUUAGGAAAAGAAGAGUUCAUUAGGUUAACCCUUGGGAGGGUUUGUAAGUUUCUUUUUGGCAGUCUACCCUGGCUUAGUGUUAGGUAGCAACUAGCAUAAGUUAUGUUGUUGUUGUUGUUGUUGUCAGUCUUUUGGGUUUGUUUUUCCACACCACGAUUAAGAGUUGUACAAUCAAGAGAUCAAUGUUGAGCAGACAUCAAGUAAUGAGACGGCAGAGGAAGGUUCGAUUGAUAAAAAUUUGAAAUUAGGGACUCCUUUAAGGCUUUAUUAGUACUGGAAAGACGAAAUGACUAACUGGUGAAGUAUUGAAGAAUUAUAGAAGUUCAAGGACAUUGUCCACAUUUGUUCAUUUUAACCUCGCAAUCUACUGUUUAUGUAACCUAAUUGCAUAGAUGUGUUACUUGUCCCUGGUAGGUGGCUAUAAGGUUACAGUUUCG